CCUUCCCGCGGGCACUGCUGUGGGGCCGGCGGCGGCCGAGGCGCGGAGUGGCGGGACGAGGAGGAAGCAGUGCGGAGCCUAGUUUCGGGGCGGCGGGAGCCGGUGGGGGCCCGGCGAGGAGGGCUGGAGGUGGCGGGGCCCGGCGAGGCCACGAUGAAGCCGAACGGCGAGGACGAGGAGGCGCCCGCCGGGGGCCCCUGGGAGGAGUGCUUCGAGGCGGCCGUGCAGCUGGCGCUGCGGGCGGGACAGAUCAUCAGGAAAGCCCUUUCUGAGGAAAAACGCGUCUCAACAAAAACAUCAGCUGCAGACCUCGUGACAGAAACGGAUCACCUUGUGGAAGGUUUAAUUAUUUCUGAGCUGCAAAAGAGGUUUCCUUCGCACAGGUUCAUUGCUGAAGAGGCUGCAGCCGCCGGGGCCAAGUGUGUGCUCACCCCCAGCCCCACCUGGAUCGUCGACCCCAUUGAUGGCACCUGCAACUUUGUGCACAGAUUUCCCACCGUGGCAGUAAGCAUUGGAUUCGCUGUAAACCAAGAGCUGGAAUUUGGAGUGAUUUACCACUGCACAGAGGAGCGGCUGUACACAGGCCGGAGGGGCCGGGGCGCCUUCUGCAACGGCCAGCGACUCCGGGUCUCCGGGGAGACAGAUAUCUCCAAGGCCUUGGUUCUAACGGAAAUUGGCCCCAAACGUGACCCUGCCACUCUGAAAUUGUUCCUGAGCAACAUGGAGAGGUUACUCCACGCCAAAGCUCAUGGGGUCCGAGUUAUCGGGAGCUCCACCUUGGCACUCUGCCACCUGGCCUCGGGGGCUGCGGAUGCUUAUUACCAGUUUGGCCUGCACUGCUGGGACCUGGCUGCCGCCACCGUCAUCAUCAGAGAAGCAGGUGGCAUCGUGAUGGACACUUCAGGUGGACCUCUCGACCUCAUGUCUUGCAGAGUGGUGGCUGCGGGCACCCGAGAAAUGGCGACGCUCAUAGCUCAGGCCUUACAAACGAUUAACUAUGGGCGGGAUGAUGAGAAGUGAAAGGGAGCAGAGGGGCAGAGAAAUGUGACCCAAGGACUGGGCCCUCCUGGGAAUGCUGAGGCUGGCGGCGAGCCCUGGGACAAAGCUGCCUCCAGCAGCCUGCACACAUCAAGUGUCUCUGACCACCCCCAAGAGGAGGUGUUUUGCUAAAGUAUGUGGCUUUCUGGUUAAAUCCACGUUUUUCACCGGGAUUCGGUGUUUAGCUGGUGUCUCUCUUUAAUCUCACAUAGCCUUUAUCAGGUUAGUACACAUUCUUCUAUCAGGGCCAAAAUCCAAAUCUCGUGUGACAUACGUAUUGAAAAUUGAGUCUUGAUUUUUUUUUCCUCCAGAAUGCAAAUCUCAGGUAAUAAGGCUUUAGAACUGCUGAUGAAGCGGACUUGUUCUCAGGCCCUCCCCCAUGGUACUUCAGAAUGCAAUAAAUCAAAAUAAUGGCGCUCUGCUUAUCUGUUUCCCUCCAUAAGUGUGUCGCCUGCUUCCUCAAACCCACAACGCCCACAGCUGUAGAUCCAGGCUCUUCAGGAAAGUUUGCAUAUUAAAGCCCGAAGUUGGCAGUG